GUAUAUCAAUAGUUCACAAAAGAUUCAGCCUUCGUAUCCACCCGCAAACUUCAUUGCACUGCAGGACUGAAGUCUACAUUUGCUUGGAAGAUUUGGUGUCUCUAUAAAUUCAUUGUUGGGAGGAGGAUAGUCUUCUGAUAGUGGUGCUUUUGGUUUUAGCCGGUUGAAAGUUUUUGAGACCACUUUAAUUUGUUACACUUCCCUCGAAUUUCUUGCCUUUGGAAUCAUACAUACUUACAAGACUGAGAAGAAAGUGAAUUGUUUUCCCAGUGAAAGUUAACUAUUACCCCUAUCCAGAUACUUUAAGGAAUACAGGAAUAAUCAAAUCAGUAAGAUUGAUCAAUAAUGGGGUUCCUAUUUGUCUUUUUAUGUUCGUUGACGAUUGUUUUGGGCGCGGAUCCAGCUCAACCUCACAAUGAUGUUGAUGUAUGGAUUGAUCCUGUCCAGGCCAGAGCGCUUUUAUGUCGAGGCGCCACGUUGGAUAUCAUCCGUGCAGGACAAGCCCAACCAAUCAUCCAGAAGCUUCGUAGUGAGCUCACCGUAAUCCCUUCUGAUAUCAACACAGUUAAUAUUACAUGGAGGGCUGCACCGGGGUUCCAUUAUUCCAUCCACGCGAGGACCGCAAACACCAGGGUCAUGGAGAACAUUGCUAUCACUAUACCGCCCUCUGGAACCAUACCGACUUCUGAAAGUAUUUUUCAGGUGAAGUUAAGAUGCACUGGAAGACAGGCUGGCAUCGCAUCCGGUCGAUUCGUCUUCAAGAUAUGGGAUGGUAACAAGAGGCACAUCUCAGCAUCCCCACUCAAGAUCCCAUUCCAAAAACAAUGUGAGAAAAUAGUGAAACCAUGUCAUCCUCCCUGUAGUAACGGUGCUGUCUGCGCUGAUGAUGGUGUGUGCGAAUGUCCUGAAGGAUUCUAUGGAACCAGCUGCAAACAUGCCAUCUGCAUCCCGCAUUGUUUCAAUGGUGGGUCGUGUAUUGAGCCUAACGUGUGCCAAUGUCAAGACGGGUUCACGGGAAACCGAUGUCAAACAGCAACCUGCCAUGAUGACUGUUCUGAUAACGGCCAAUGUGUGGCGCCAAACACAUGUGUUUGUCGGCAUGGAUGGACUGGACCUACUUGCGCGAUCAGGCAGCUCGGUGUGGACGGUAUCUAAAUAAAA